AUGUCUCACUGUAAAUUCGAACAUCCACGUCACGGAUCCCUUGGAUUCCUCCCACGAAAGAGAGCACGAAGAGUCAGAGGCAAAGUCAAGUCCUUCCCUAAAGACGAUGCAUCCAAACCAGUCCACAUCACUGCAUUCAUGGGUUACAAGGCUGGUAUGACUCAUAUCGUCAGAGAAAUGGAUCGUCCUGGUUCAAAGAUGCACAAGAAGGAAGUCGUUGAAGCCGUAACCAUCAUUGAAUGUCCACCUAUGGUGAUUGUCGGUGUUGUCGGAUACGUUGCAACCCCACGUGGAUUACGAUCUCUCGUCACUGUAUGGGCUGAGCACUUGUCUGAUGAAGUCAAGCGUCGCUUCUACAAGAACUGGUACCACUCAAAGAAGAAGGCUUUUACCAACUAUGCAUUGAAGUAUGCCAAGGAUAAUGGUAAACCUAUUGCUGAGCAAUUGGAACGUAUCAAAAAGUAUUGCCAGGUUGUACGUGUUAUUGCCCAUACACAGAUUAGGAAAGUUAAGAUUGGUGUAAAGAAGGCACACAUCAUGGAAGUCCAAUUGAACGGUGGCACCGUAGCCCAAAAAGUCGACUGGGCCAAGUCCCACUUUGAAAAGGAAGUAAAAGUAUCUUCGAUCUUCUCCCAAGACGAAAUGAUUGACAUUAUCGGCGUCACCCACGGUAAAGGUUUCGAAGGUGUCACUCAUCGUUGGGGCACCAAGAAACUCCCACGUAAAACCCAUAAAGGUCUCCGUAAAGUAGCUUGUAUUGGUGCAUGGCAUCCAUCUCGUGUCCAACGAGCAGUGCCCCGUGCAGGUCAAGAUGGAUUCCAUCAUCGUACUGAAAUCAACAAGAAGAUUUACCGUGUUGGUGCUACUGGUGAUGUAAAGAAUGGAGCUACGGAAUAUGAUUUGACUGAAAAGAGUAUUACUCCUUUGGGUGGAUUCCCUCGAUUUGGUAUUGUCAAUGAGGACUUUAUUAUGGUUAAGGGGUCGACUGUUGGUGUCAAGAAGCGUGUCUUGACUUUGAGAAAGUCGUUGUUGACUCAUACCAAGAGGUCUGCUUUGGAGAAAAUUGACUUGAAGUUCAUUGACACAUCAUCCAAGUUUGGUCACGGUCGCUUCCAAACUGCUGCUGAGAAAAAGAGUCAUUACGGAACCAUGAAGAAGGAUUUAGAAAAGUAG